AUGGCAGAGGCGUCGGGCUCCCCGUCCCCAGGAGCGCGCGAUCCUCCCAACUCAUCGUCAUCAGCGCCAGCGCCCAGCACACCAAUCCCCGACGGCACCGAAGAGCCGCCCGUCUCCGCAAGCAAGUCACGCCGUCGCCGCGGCAAAAAGAAGAAGAAGAAGAACGCUCGUAGCUCUUCCACGCGAGACAUCGGAAGCGACACCGAGAGCCCGACGACUCUCCACGCGCAGGAUUCCACACAGCUUGCCGAUGCUUCUUCUUCCCUAGGAGUCGAAGCGCAAGAAGAACAAGAAGAGCGAGAGCCGCCCCCAGCGCCACCACCACCCUCGCCCAUCUCCCACGGCCAAUGGUCGCCACCUCUCCCGCCCCUCGGCAAACUCCAAGGCAAAGUCGUCAUCGAACCCAACAAAGCCAUCGCCGCCCAGUUCGCGCAGACGUACAGCGACCGCCGCUCCGACGCCAGCAUCCUCCCCAUCUUCACCGACGGCUCCGCGUCCUACAUCAUCAACAACGACGCCAAAGACCGCUUCUGCAGCGCGUCCACCGUCUUCCGCGCACACCCCACCAGCGACGCCUGGAUCGAGCGCGGCUACCCGCUGCUCCUCGCCACGGACAGCCUGAACGCCGAGGUCUACGGGCUCGGGCGGGGUCUGCGCGACGGUAGGGACUACGUGCGCGCGCACCCAGAGAUGGGGAUACGCACGCUGCUCGUCUUCACCGACGUGAUGAAGUUCCUGGAGAUGCUGCCGCGGAUCGAGGCGGGCGAGUGGGACGUCGUCAAGCGCGGGUACGUGGAGGAGUUUUUGGCGCUCGACGCGGAGUUGGCCGGGGAUCAGAUGGGGGUGAGUGUCGAGUAUCAUUGGGUGCCCGGGCAUAGUGGGGUCGAGGGGAAUUAUCGCGCGGAUCGCGCGUCGAGGAGGUGCAGGCCGGAUGUCAAGUAUCCGCACGUCUUUCAGACGCUGCCGUUCCCGAGUCGGGAGGAGCAGUUGCUUAAUCAGCAGGCGAAGUUGGAGAGGAAGAGGAAGCACGAAGAGGAUGUGAGCCGGGCAAUGUCUAAGAGGAGCAAGAAGAGGGCGAGGGAGGAGGAAGAGACUUGA